AUGCUGCAGCUCUGCAAUAUGUCAGAAAAGAUCAAUGGCGUCGCUUCCGCAGAUACGUCGACCGCUGCACACAACACCAGCGCCGAUGACUUCCCGGAUGGCGGUCUGCAAGCUUGGUUUGCUGUUCUUGGCGGAUGGUGUGGCAUGUUUUGCACCUUCGGGUUACUCAAUUGCGUCGGCGUCUUCGAGGAGUACUACGUUCGCGGUCCGCUGGCCGCCUUUGGUCUCUCGACCGUGAGCUGGAUCACGUCAACCCAGCUUUGGCUCAUGAUAUUCGGUGGGGUCGUGUUCGGUCCCGUCUUUGACACCUAUGGACCUCGCUGGCUGCUCAUCCUCGGCACACUCUCAUACGUCUUCGGGCUGAUGAUGACCUCCCUCUCCUCCGCUUACUACCAGUUUUUCUUGUCCCAGAGCAUCGUCGCGGGCGCCGGCUCUUCCGCCAUCUUUAACAGCCUGGUGUCCUCGGUGGCCACGUGGUUCUCCCGCCGCCGCGCAGCAGCAUUUGGCAUCAUGAUCUCGGGCGCAUCUGUCGGCGGCGUCGUGCUGCCGAUUAUGCUGACCCAGAUGAUACCCACUGUCGGCUUCCCGUGGACCAUCCGCGUCCUCGGCUUCCUCUUCCUCGUCCUCCUAGCAGUGACAUGCGCCACUGUACGACCACGUAUCCCGCCACAACCCCGACCGUUCGCCUGGGCGACAUUUCUUGCAGGCUUCACCGACGCCCCGUUCGCGCUCACGGUCACGGCAUCCUUUCUGUUCGUCUGGGGCCUGUUUCUGCCCUUUACCUACAUCGCAUUGCAGGCGCAGCAGCGCGGCAUGGACAUCACACUGACCAACUACCUCCUGCCCAUCAUCAACGCCGUCAGCAUCGUGGGGCGCAUCCUCCCGGGCAUUGUGGCGGAUCGUCUCGGGAGGUUCAACGUCAUGAUCUUCAUCACAGCGCUGUGCGCCCUGAUUGUUCUCGCUCUGUGGAUCCCGGGCAGGAGUAACACGGCCCUGAUCAUCUUCGCCAUGGUCUUCGGGUUCUCGUCUGGUAGCUUCAUCAGUCUGGGGCCGUCGCUCGUGGCGCAGAUAUCGGACAUCCGUCAGAUAGGCGUUCGCACGGGCAAUGCGUAUGCCUUACAGUCGCUCGCCGCCCUGACAGGGAGCCCCUUGGCUGGCGCCAUUGUGAAGGCGAAUGGGGGUGACUUUCUCGGCUUGCAGGUCUUUUGCGGGGUGUGUAUGGCCGCGGGAUCUGUGGUUUUUGUUGCUGCGAGGUGGGUGCAAGUUGGAUGGAGCCUGAGGAAAGUGUAA